AUGUUACCAUCUGUGGCACAGCAGUCUCACCAUUUUCUACAUCACCAUCUUGACCAUCAACCGCCUUUCGACUGGUUGGAUCCUCCGUACGAUGCGGCCAGUAACGCCUUGCGCACUGCUUUCCGUCACGGAGAGCAGUGCGGAUACCCAGCACAACAGCAACAUUCGUCGAUGCUACGUCAACAACGUGUACAGUUCCCCCGGCCUAUCCAGCGACCAACUGCUCAAGAUCUGACAAGCUCUGCCGUGGUCAGAAAUGGAAGCACUGCAGAGAAUACCCUGAGGCGGAAAACCCCUAACGGCACCCUGGCCGCUGGAUAUGACGGUACUUUGGGGGAUCAAUCAAUUCAGCGCCCGGCAUUGAAGCACAUUUUGGUUUCCCCGUUAGAGAAUGGCCAGGGUAUAUCACAACACUCAGGCCUACCAGCAGAUUCAUGGCAAUUCAAGGGUCUCGAUAUCCUUCCAUCAUCUCAAUUCCAAAGUUUCCCGCCGACAUACAAGUUCGACGUAAUCACAUCCGCUGGCCUUCCUUGUGGCAUGUCCCAAAACAACAAUGGAGCCAGCUGGAUUCGGUCCUUGAACUACCCAUCUGGUGUCGAUUCAUCACUAAACCAAACAGCAUCGUUGCUUGCGUCCCAAAGGCACUAUUUGCCAAAUGGUCCUUCGAUUCCCACUAUAUUAGCUGCGUCAAUGCAGUCUAACCUUGGUCCAACUGCGUCUGCUGGCGUUGGUCCCUAUGGUCCAUACUGGCCUGAUGGUGCCUAUAUCCCCUAUCGACCUGCUGCUUCUCGUGAUUCACGGUACCAGUCAACCCCCGCAUUUGGUCCUGUCCAAGACAACUCUGCUGCUUUAGCUUCUCUCCAACAGCCUUUUAAUAGGCAAUCUCUCCCUUCGACUGACCUGCUUAUACCGGGAUUCUCAUUGAAUCCUGUUCCGGCACAGCCACCACAACGAAAUCUCCAUCAGUUGUAUAAUUCGGACCCAUCUGCCUUGGAGUCUUUCCCCCCUCGUCUUUCACAUCAGAAUCAGAUAGAUACGCUCUGGGACCAGAAUAGUGUCCCUUUCCAUACACGAUCGUUGCAAAAUACACGACAUGAUACUGUACAUCAUCACCCUCAACAACAGCAACCCCAACCCCAACACCAACACCAUCAACCAACCGAACUAGAAAACCUCAACUGGCAAGCGCCCCAGCAACCGAAUGUGUUUCAGGGUUCAGCUGCAGAUAUUACUUCGAGACCCAAGAAUACAGAGUUUAAAGAGAAGAUUCUAUCAUGGGCGCACAGUGUGUAUGUCGAUCUACUUACGUUACUUCAUACUCGAAGGAAAAAUGCUGCGCUGGGGGUACAAGAUAGUGAUGCUCGUCCAAAACCGAAUAUAUACCCUAAACCCCCCCGACAACCUGCUUCUGACUUCAGCUCACAUACUGGAAAUGUUGACACUAGUCUCGAUAAUAUUCAUGGGACUCCCAUUCCAAGCCAACAUUUCCCUCUAGCCCAUGCGCGACAGGUGGAUAUGACUCUAGGAAAUCAGAUCGAUGGGAAGCAAUUUCCUCCAAACCACUCUGCGGUAUCUGAUAACAAUUUCAUUCGCAACUACCAUGAUGAUCGCGCUCCUUUCGGUCAACACCCCAGUCAUCGAUUACCGGAGAGCCGUUUCCUUGAUCAUUUCCGCACGAUACGUCGUUCUUCAGGUCCUGCUGUGUACCGUGAGACCUCUGUGAUGGAGAAUGCUGCGUGUGCCCUGGAAAUUCUGUCCAGUCUUUGUCUUGAGAGUGGGGGGGAAUGGAUUGAUGGAAUGCUGGUUGGUGGAUGCCUGGCCUAUGGUCUUGGGGAUUAUGACAAAGCGCUUAGGUGGUAUACUCGGAUUAUCAAUAAGGAUGCUUCGCAUGUUGAAGCGAUUUCUAAUCUUGCGGCUACACUUUUUGCUCUCGAUCGACGUGAGGAAGCACUAAACCAUUGGCUCCGUGCUGUCAAGUUGCGACCAAGCUAUUUCGAGGCGGUAGAGCAUCUCAUCGGUCUCCUAUGCAGCAGCCAGAGGGGUAAAGAAGCCGUCAAUAUCAUUGAAUUUGUCGAAACUACUCUCCGACUUACACCCAACGGCGAAUGUUUCAAGAUGGAUGGCCGUAUGAGUGAAACUGACAGUGAAACAGAGAGUCGAUCAUCAAGCGUGUCAACUACUGAAUCCGUGGAUAAAGCAGUUUUCGACCAUGAAGCGGACCCGGAUUGCCCUCCUAACUUUAAUGCUCAUUCAAAGGAGAAUGCUGCCCCUGGCUAUGGAUCAAGUGGAUAUGCCAUACCUGGUUGUGACAAUGGAAGAAUGCUUGCACUUAUCCACGCGAAAGGUAAUAUGCUUUAUGCUCUAGGUGAUAACGUCGGGGCAGCCGCCGCCUUUGAGGACGCCAUCCUAAUCGGAGCCGGGAGACGACGACGUGGAAUUCGAAGCCUUAUCAGACUAAUUUUGUCGGCUUUCGAGGAAGAGAAUCGCCACACGCUGCCGGCGCCCCACCACCAGCGCGACCCUACGAGUGCGGUGCUACUUUUCCCUGAUAAGGCGCUACAAACAGCGAAACUCGCUUUCCGUCCUCAAGGAAGCCUCCCCGGAUUCCAGCAUAUUCCAGAAGGUAUUGCCAAAAAAGCGGCUAUUUCAACUACCAGUAACUCGUUGCUCUCGCUCGCCAAAAUUUACCAAGAUGGUAUGUCAACCAGUUCCGCCCCGGGAGGCUCAAAAACGUCCACUGGAGUCCGUGACAUUCUGGCUCUCUACUACCUUUCCCUGUCUCUUCAACCCAGCCCGUCCACGGCUAAUAACGUUGGAAUCUUACUCGCCAGUAUCCAACACAACGGGCCACCGUGUGCUCCGUGUGCAGCUGGCGAAAAUCAAUUGCCCGAUAUCCCUGGUGUUGUUCCCGGUAGUGGGAUUGCGCUUGCCCUGGCUUACUAUAAUUAUGGUCUUAAUCUUGAUUCGAAACAUGCUCAUCUUUAUACCAACCUUGGCAGCUUGUUGAAAGACAUUGGGCAGCUCCCUGCCGCAAUUAAGAUGUAUGAGCAGGCGGUGCAAUGUGAUAGCAAAUUUGACAUUGCAUUAGCCAAUUUAGCCAAUGCUGUUAAAGAUUCAGGCCGGAUUAACGAUGCCAUUGGCUACUACAAACGAGCCGUGGCUGCUAACCCCGACUUUGCAGAGGCGGUAUGCGGCCUUGCAAACGCAUUGAACUCUGUUUGUGAUUGGGGAGGCAGGGGAGGAAUUGCAGCUAAUAAUGGCUCUCGUGAUCGGUGGCAUGUUGAUGACAAGGGAAUGCUUCGAGAUGCAAAAGAAAUGGGCGUUGAUUCGGGCUGGAUCAAACGAGUUGUUGAAAUCGUGGAUAAACAGCUCAAAGAUGGGGAAACAUGGGGUUCUGGUGUGCUGGCGACCAUGCCACGCGACCAGCUAGGCCUCAGUCUUGCUCUUGUUGGUAAGGAUUCGGCUUUACUUACCUACCACGCUUCUUUGAACGCUCUGUUGCGAAGCUGGGCUGGCCAAAAGUGGGAAGGCUCGAGAAUCGUGAGACUCGUCGAACGUGCGAUAAAAUGGAUCGGUUGGCAGUGGUAUCAGGAUCGAUACGUUCAUGGCAAAGAGUAUCCUCUCUCAAAAUACUCGAGACCCCAGCUUCCAGCUAGCUUAACCGCUCCUAAUGCACCAACUGUAUUACCAUUUCACACCUUCACAUGUCCCCUCUCAGCCAAGCAAAUCCGCCAUAUUUCACAGCGCAAUGGCCUUCGGAUAUCGUGCUCCACCCUUCGAUCUCCCUGGCUCCCUGCUACAGUAUACCGUCCUCCUCCCCCACCAAACCCGCACCUAAAUGUUGGAUAUGUUUCCUCCGAUUUCAACAACCAUCCUCUAGCACACUUGAUGCAGUCUGUUUUCGGUCUCCAUAACCCCUCUCGUGUCAAAGCGUUUUGCUAUGCCACAACUGCCAGCGACAACUCUGUUCAUCGAAAACAGAUUGAACGCGAAGCUCCUGUUUUCCGCGAUGUCAGCAACUGGCCGGUAGAUCGAUUAGUGGAACAAAUCGUGAAAGAUGAGAUUCACAUUCUGAUAAACCUUAACGGAUAUACACGUGGCGCAAGGAAUGAGGUUUUCGCUGCUAGACCGGCUCCUAUACACAUGUCAUUUAUGGGAUUUGCGGGCACACUCGGAGCUGAAUGGUGUGAUUAUAUUCUUGCAGACCAAAUUUCAAUCCCCCUUGAAACACUCACACCAAGAAAACGCGUGAUUCGAAUCGAGGAUCGGUUGGUAGAAGAGAACCAUGGUGAAGACCUCGAAGAUUGGAUAUAUGGAGAGAGAAUAGUGUUCACCCGCCAAACCUUCUUCUGCUGUGAUCACCGACAGAGUGCUCCAGAUUCGCAAGACAGGCGUUUGACAUGGGAAGAGGAACAAGCCAACAGGUGGAAAAUGCGUAAGGAGAUGUUUCCUGAUCUUCGGGAUGACGCUAUCAUUCUAGGGAAUUUCAACCAGCUUUAUAAGAUCGAGCCAACUACUUUUCGUACGUGGCUUCGUAUUCUCUCCCGCAUCCCGAACGCAAUUCUGUGGCUUCUCCGUUUUCCAGACCUUGGUGAGCAUAACCUCAAGCAGACGGCUAUUGCGUGGGCUGGAGAGGCCAUUGCCUCGCGCAUUGUUUUCACCGAUGUCGCUCCUAAACAUGCUCAUAUUUCCCGUGCUCGCAUUUGUGAUCUAUUCCUUGAUACCCCUGAAUGCAAUGCCCAUACCACCGCCGCUGACGUCCUCUGGAGCGGGACCCCACUCCUCACCCUACCUCGAUACAAAUAUAAAAUGUGUUCUCGCAUGGCUUCUAGUAUACUUACCAGCGCCCUCCCACAAACAGAAGCCGGCCGACAGGCUGCUUGCGAAUUAAUCGCCUCUUCAGAGGAGGAGUAUGAAAGCCGUGCUAUAAGUCUCGGGCUAGGUUUGAGAUAUGAACUAGGCGGCCAAGGCCGCGCCCGGGGAAGACUGAUCGAGUUGAGGAAAAUGCUUUUCUUAAACAGAUGGGAAAGCAAACUUUUUGACACCAAUCGAUGGGUGAGCGAUUUAGAAGAUGCCUAUGACGCGGUCUGGAGAAAGUGGGUUAGAGGGGAGGAAGGUGACGUGUGGCUUUAA